AUGUCGAGAAGGAGCUUCCUUCGCCAAACUCACUCGCUAGUCGACACAUUCCGUGCACUCCACCCCACGCCUAACGACGUUUUCUCCUUCUUUGGCAGGCAACGCCACAACACAGUGACCCCGCCCACUUCCUCUCGUCUCGACAGAACUUGCAUCUCCCGAACCUUCCUCCCCCGUCUCGUUGCUAGCCCGUACCUCCAAGCCCGCAGGACUAUCACGGAUCACUUGUAUGCCCCCCUCUACUCGCUCUGUUUCACCAACCCCACAGUAGCCCCCCGUCCCUGGCAACUACGCCAACAUCUACUCACGCGCCCCCACGCUGCACAAAUAAUUGAUGCCGCCCUAGCAGCCUUCCCCUCCUCCCCUUCCCCAGAUUCCUGGGACAAAUGGAAGCUUGACCUCACCCUUAACUUUAAAAGAUUUUCCAACCAGGAAAAGCGUCGUGUCGACGGCACGACUGCACAUCUGGAACACACCAUUGGCUCAUUACAGCUGCAAGCAGCGUAUACCCCUUUGAAUCAGGACGAAUCUUCCCGCCUAGACCAAGCUCGGCUUCACCUGGCCAGAUAUGAAGCCUCGAAAGCCUCCGAGAUCGCGCUCAAGGCUAAAUUUAAAGUAGAGGGGCACAGAGAAAUGGGAGUCUCCUCCCUCCUCUCCGGACUCAACUCCCGGAUCAAAGGCUCGAUCAUCAACUCCUUGACCCUACCCAACGGACUGACAACCUCGGACCUCUCCACCAUGACCAACAUGUGCUCUAACUUCUUCCUGGCCCUUGAUAGCGGGAGCAACCCUGUCACCCGCAACCCAUCCUUCUGGCAACAUAUCCCCCCCUCCUCCAUCCCGAACCCCCUACUCAUCCGCCUCAGUUCCCCCCUUUCCCUAGCUGAAAUCGGAGAGGCUCUUCUCUCUCUUUCACGAGGAAAAACCCCUGGCCCAGACAGUCUCCCCGGGGAGCUCUUCCGACAAUACUCCCCACGCUUCGCACCGGCCUUUCACUCCCUGCUCUCACCACCACAGCCACUCUCCCACCUCCCUCCGUCCAUGCUGACCGGACGAACCGUCCUUAUCCCUAAAAGGGGGGACUCCUCGCUAGUGGAAAACCUCCGACCCAUCACCCUCAUGAACGCUGACUACAAGGUCCUCGUGCUAUGCCUUGCUAACCGCCUCCAGCUCGUUCUCCCCCAACUCAUCCACCCAUCUCAAACCCCUUUUAUCAAGCACAGGAAAAUCGGAGACACGAUCAACGAUACCCUUAACAUCACGGAGUGGGCGGCCUUCUCCUCAUCCCCCCUUCUUGCUCUUACGGUGGACUUUCGCAAGGCUUACGACCUCGGCUGCCCACUGGCCCCCUUGCUUUUCGUCUGCGUCAUCGAGAUCUUCCACCGCUACAUGUCCCUCUCCCUUCCCGGUUUCGCCUUGUCCUCCACUCAGCGCCGCCUCAUGGCGUGCUACGCGGACGAUGUCACCCUUUUUCUUACCUCGGAUGCAGAGCUCGGACAAGUUGUACUGAUGCUCGGCGUUUUUGGAUCGGUCUCUGACGCAAAACGCAUCCUCCCAGAGCUUAUCAAGGCUAUUAAACCACCUUGGUGGGCCGCCCUUCGAACCCCAUACGCUUCUUCUGCAUCCCCAGGAGAUUGGUUCACGCUCUCUGAAGACAUCUACACCGCAUCUCCUCUCGCUCUCCAAGUUGUAUCCUUCACCCCCCCCUCCUCCGUCUCGGCUACUAUCCACCACGUCUCGCCAAAUAAACUCAUCGCCCGUGCCCCUGCAGCCACUGGACUCUUUCGCCUACAGGAUCUCGUGGAGGUGUACGUCAGGGAACGGUGGCUCGCAGGGCCGCUUCACCAAGGGGCUGGGUUAGGGGUUAGGUUAGGACUACUGCAGGAUGGCACCCCCAGCAUCGCCGACAUCCGUCGCCUCCUCUACUCAGCACAACCACUAACUCACCACCUCCGAUGGACCUGCGACCUCACCGUCCCUCCUCCUCCUCUCCCUGACCUUACACAUUCAGUGUGUAGACAACCCGAGAUGACUUCUGCAUCAACUCAAACAUCAAAUCGGGUGUACAUACAACCCCAACCCGAGCUAGCCAAUGCAUACUUCCCGGACUCUUCACGAAUUUGCCGACGAAAUGGUGGUAACACCCGCAACUCAAUCUCGUCCGCUCUGGCGCAAGUUUCGCUAAAGCGCCCUCUUCCGCCAGUUCUGCUUCCGCUCGCCAGCCCCGCUGAACCCGCCGUCUCGCCUGUUCUCCGCUCCCCUCCGCUGAACCAUCUUCCUGAUGCCUAUCCAUGUUCCGCCGGUCUCGCGGCAGAGGCAGGGGGAACCGCGGUCGGUGCAGUGAGCGCCCGUUUUGGAGGCGCGGACGGGUUGACGGCGGGAGAUUGGGGCGACAGACAGAAAAGGAGACGGUUGUUUUUCCCCCUGGUCGGAGAAAGCGCGGCAGCGAGUGAAGUGGAAACCGCGCAGGAGGCGGCACGCGCGAGGGCGCCCGCGCGUGCGGAAACUCUUGCUGAGGACCGGGCGACCAUGGGCGAAUCUUCUGAGGAGCGUGCGACUGCGGGCGCGGGCUUUGCUGGUAUUGCGCGCUCGGAGCUGCGAGUUGCUCCUGAUGGCGGAGGAAGAUGGCGGAAACGGCGGCUGGGGGAGGGGGGCGCUGGUUUGGGGGGAGCGGAAGUGAGCGCGGGGGAGUGGAGACCGGGGGAAGCGGCAGCGGCGGAAGAGGCGGAAGAGGCAGGUGGCAUUGGGGCGGAAGCCAAACGGAGGAGGCAAGGAGGGAUGGACGGGCAGUGGAGGGCCGGGUGGAGAGGCAGGCAGGGAGAGGGAGAAAAGGAUGAAGAGGGAUGGGAGGAGGAGGAGGAUGAGGAGGAGAAUAGUGAGGACGAUGAGGAGGGAGGGGAGGAGGAGUUAGAAGAGGAGGGUGAGGUGGAUGAUGAGAAUGAUGAGGUGGCAAGGAGCGAAGAGGAUGGGGAUGAAGGCGAAAAUGACCAGCAGGGAAACAGAGUGGAGAGGGAAGGGUGCGCACGUAUGCGGAUCCGCAGGGGGCCUCAGCAUGACAGGUCGAUUCAGCCAGAUGAAGAUGGUGAGGUUGAGGAGGAGGAUGAGGGGGAGGAGGACGACGAGGAGGAGGAAGAAGAGGAUGAAGAGGAGGAGGAAGAGGAGAAUGAUGAGGAUGAGGAUGAUUAUGACGAGGAUGAGGACGGGGAUGAGAACGAUGGUGACUGUAGCAGUGACUAUGACGAGAGCUGGUGGGAGGAGUGCGAAAGUGAUGUGGAGGGAGGGGAGGAGGCGAACAGCAGGUUGGGGGAGGAGAGAUUGGUGGAUGGAUUGAGAGAAAGUUUUCAGAAGCUGGAAACGGAGUGUAGAUUGGCGCGGAAGAACUAUGACGAGUUGCGAUCUGCUUGUAAGCAGCUUCAGGAGCAGAACAGCUUCUUCCGAUCUAAGAUUGAAACCCUUCAAGUGCUCCGUGGGGGAUUUCAGACUAAGCAAGGUUAG